AUGUAUGGAAGUAAUGAUGCGUCGUUAAAAGAGAAAAUUUACGGUUUUAAAAAUUACACGAAUUCCAGAGUUGUAAGAAAAACUGUAAAAAUUUCAUCACUAAAACCAUCAUUAAAACUUUAUAGCUCGAAAGAAACUCGUGAUUGUGGAGCACCAUGUCACGCAAUGUUUUUCCCGGAAAAUGAACGUGCUGUCCUCCGCUAUUGGGUUGGAUCUUGGGCGGCUGUUUGUGUUGCCAGCUGUUUAUUUACGGUUUUAACGUUUUUAAUUGAUUCGUCGCGUUUUCGAUAUCCCGAACGGGCGAUCGUUUUUUUAGCCGUUUGUUAUUUUGUUGUCGGAUGUGCUUAUGUUGCUGGUUUAGGUGCCGGUGAUUCGGUAGCUUGUCGUGAACAAUUUCCACCACCAAUACGUAUCGGUAGAUUACAAAUGUUAUCAACAAUAACACAGGGUCAUCGUCAGUCAACAUCCUGUACCGUUUUAUUUAUGGCAUUAUAUUUUUGUUGUAUGGCUGCAUUUGCAUGGUGGUCAUGUUUAGCAUUUGCAUGGUUCCUUGCAGCUGGCCUUAAAUGGGGUCAUGAAGCAAUUGAAAAUAAAUCACAUUUAUUUCAUUUGGUUGCAUGGGCAAUACCAGCUUUACAAACAAUAUCAGUAUUAGCAUUAGCUAAAGUUGAAGUGCCGGAACAUUUACAUUUGUCGGUUACGGGCUACUAG